GACUACGACAUGCAUAUAUUUUUGAUGAUGGCAUGGCGUGAUGCCCGUCUGGUAAAUCCUUACCAAAAAGCGAUCCUCGUUAAAGAAGAGGAAAUCUUGGAGAAAAUAUGGCGCCCGGAUCCAUUCUUUGCAAAUGCUAAAGAAGCUUCUUUCCAUGAAGUUACAUUCCUAAAUUUCCUCAUGAGGAUAUUUAACGAUGGAUUGGUGCUUUAUGAAACAAGGUUUCUCUUCAUUUCUGACUGA